AUGAAAAGUAAAAUUUUUGCAACACUUUUUGUAACAUGGUCAUCUGUUUUAGUAACUGGAAGAGAGCAUUUUAAUGGAUAUUUAACCCAAAAAUUAAAAAUUCUUUUAGAAUGUAAUUUUAUAGCUCAUUAUUAUUUAAAAGGAGUACCUGAAAUUGAUUCUUUUUUAGAUUUUAUAAGAGAACCUGAACAGUUCUAUUGGUUUGUAGAACAUUAUUUGUCUGUUCCAUUUAAAAUAACCCAAAAUUUAAAAGAUAGAACCAAAAAUGGGAAAAUAGGAAGUGUAAAUAACAUUUCAGUUUGUUCAGGCCGUUCAUGGGUAUCUGAAUUUCUCUUAAAUUACAAAGAACCAAAUAUAAGUGAAUUGCUCACUUAUAUGGAUAAGAAACAAAAAGAAUUUCUUUCACUAAAUCAUAUUAAUGGGACACCAGUGGGAAAAUAUACAGUAUUUCCAAUUAAAGAAUUUCAUAAAUAUUGUAUCUUGCCACCUUUAAUAAAAACUACUAUAAGCGAUAAUAAUAAUGAAAGUAAAGAGUUAAUUUUUCACUUAAAUAGAGAAGAAUAUAAAAUAUAUUUAAGUGCAAUUGGAUCACAACUGACAGCUAUAAAAUAUUUAUAUGUGCAAAUUAAAGAUGAAAACAGAAAAAAAAUAUUAAGAAAAAUAUUAGAAAAUGAAAGUGACAUAUCUAUUAGUUGCCCAACCUACAAUAUAAAAUUGCAUUAUACUAAAGAUUGCAGUUCAUCAAGAACUAUUUUGAAAUGUCUUGAUAAUUAUAUAAGAAGAUCCUGUCAAAGAAAAAUAGAAACAAGACAUUCUGUCUCUUUAUGUGAGCAUUUAUUUUUUCUUUUUGAAAAUAUAAAAAAUCCUUAUUCACAAAACUUUAAGGAUUUCUUAAGUGAUGGAAGAUUAAGUUUAGUAAAACCACAAUCGGUAUGGAAUGUUCCAGUAUUUAAGGUAUAUAAACCAAAUGAUUUCAAAGACAAUUCAAAAAAUAUAGAAACAGGAGUUUUUAAAAUGCUUAAUAAUAAAAACUUAGUAUUUUUGUCUUUUAAUGAUAAAAUUCCAAAAAAUCUAUAUUACGAAGUAGAAAUACAACCAUUAACUAAAUUAAGCUUAUAUGCAUCUAAAAUUUCUGAUAAAUUGCUAAGGUUUUUUUAUUUAUUUAAAAAAUUGUCAUCACCUAUUAGUCCAGUUUCAGUUGAAGAACUAAAUCACAAUAUUAAAGAUUUUAAUUUUAAGGAAGCUAAAAAUGAAGUGAAAUGCCAAAAUGUAAAAAAAAGUUUACAGCUAGAAUUAGAUGUAGAAACAAUGAAAGGAAUCGUCACAGAAAAAAUAUGUAAAAUUAUUGAAAGUCAUUCUCUUGCUAAGCAAGUUCAUAAAGAAAUACCAUCAAAACCUCUUAUUAUACAUGAUAAAAUAGCCAAGAAAUUUCGUAUUCAGUGUAUUGUAUUAUCUGCUUUUGUAGAAGCAUAUAACAUUGUUAGACAAAUUUUAAAUUUAGAAAGUAUACUAUCCUUAACAAGGUAUACAUCAUUGUAUUUACAUAAGUUUUUUAAUAGUGUAACUUCUUUAAAAGGAAACUUUUUGUAUAAAAAUGCAAAUGCACUAAAAUAUGCAGCUGCAUGCAGCAAAGCAGUGUUGCAUGUUCCUGCUGUCCUAUAUAAAAGAAACAUAUACGUAGCUGAAACAUUUUUAUCAUUAUAUUUAGGAUUAUCUAACUUAGUCUCAUCUAACCCUUCUAGUCCUUUUUUUGAGUUUGCAAUAAUGGAAUUUCUUGUUACAUAUUUUAAUAAGGGUUCUGAAAAAUUUGUUCUUUAUCUUAUAACUAUACUUUCUGUUUUACAUCUUAAUAUAUAUUAUUAUGAACAAAUUUUUUGUCACUUUAAGGAGCAUUUCCCAACUUUAAAGACCAAAAUGAUUCACCCUGAUAUAGCAAAUCGUGUUCUAGUUAAUUUAAAGAGUCUAAUAGGAAGUCGUAGAUACAUGGAAAUGUUUAAUUUAUAUAAGCACUUUGAGAGUGAUGAAAUAUUUAAUACACAAAAAGUUUUCAGUAUAAUUUACGAUUUUCAAAAAUAUUUUGAGAGUAAUAAAUCAAAAAAAGAAGCAAAACUGGAAGAAAUAUCGGAAGUUCCUAUUCCUUUAGAUACACUUAAUGAUGGUAUUGGUUAUAGAGAAGAAGAUUUGCUUUAUGAGAUAGACAAAGAAGAAUCUAUUGAUCCUUUAUUAGAUGUAGAUUUAGACGACACAGAAUCAGAAGAUGAAAUAGAAAAUCCAAAAAAUAAAUCACAUUUUUUAGAUAUCCUUUCAGAGGGACAAGAUAUAUGUGCAUACAGUAGGCAAGAUAAACAAUUAGAAUUAAUAUUAUCUCCAUAUAUAGGGAACGUAAGAAGAGAUGAAAGUUUAGAAUCUAAAACUAGUGAGAAACCUGAAGUAACACUUAAAAUGAUAAAAGAAAGACAACAACGUUUAGACGAAGAAAUGGAUCAAAUUGAGGAAAUUAAUGAACCUGAGGUACGAGCUAGUCAGAGUAGAACUCAAAGAUUUAGUUCAGAAAGUACUAGUAAUACUUCUGAGUCCGAAGAUGAAAGUUCGACAACUGAAUCAGAAGGAAGUAAAAAAGAAGGUAAAAAAAAACGUCCCAAGAAAAAAUCGUGUAUACCUGGGUUAGGAUUUAUAACCUCAAAACUAAAAUGUUUUAAAAAAAAGUAA